AGUGUGGACGUUUGUAAUGCUGGGGCUGGGAUUGAAAAGACCGGAUGGAGCGGCCGAUGCACCAGACUACGAUUGGUAUUCAUGCACGCCGAGGAUGAUCAGACCAUGCCUUGGAACCAGACCGAGGAGUUGUUUAGAUCGACACUUGCGGCUGCGACAAAAGCCACCCCAGACGCGUCUCACAGCAACCUCAAAGCCGUUGAUCUGGGCGAGGCCGGCAGACACGAAACUUGGGUGUCUGAUGCGAUUCGUGUCGAGAAACUGGUCGCUAAAUAUGGAGGUCAUAACACUUUCUUAACCUUGGCGCCCAUUUCGCUAGCCAUCCUCCAACUAUUCGGGCUCGCGGCAGAGACGGCGCGCUUGUAGUAGUCUUGUCUUGGACAGUACGUAAACCCCUGACGCCGAACAUCGUUGGCACCAAGCCAAGCAAGUCGGGUGCGUCAUAUGACCCGGAAAAGGUGGUCCGCCUUGGUUUGCGUACA